AUGGCGAUGAGAGGACUAACGACGAUGCUCGGCCUGGCCUAUGGCCUUCUCAGCCUUGCUGGUGCGGCAGAUGUAUCUGUUCGCACCUACAAUGCGCCGGGACAUACAGAUGCGGAUACCCACCUUGCUAUCAGACGGGGACUCGCUGAGGCAAGGCAUCAGAGGAGAGAGGAUCUCAAGGGAAAUGUCACCUUCGACAGAAGCUGGGACGGAGCCGUCUUGCUGAAGUACGGUGCAUCUCAAUCUGUCGAGACCGGCAACGGCAACGCCUCCGCCUCGGUCUCCGCUGGUGUAGAAAUCACCUGCACAACCUGCUACGUGAAAGGCAUCGCAAGCGCUGGCCUCCACAUCGCUGACAAUUUCGACGCUGGCAAAGCCCUCAACAAGACCGUUGCUUCCGUCUUCACCACCGUUGACAACUUCACGCAAGAGGUAGAAGACUACUUCGAGGACUACUUCAAGGGCGUCGCGAGGAACCUUGACGACGGCGUCGACUGGCACGACUUCGCCUUCCCGCCGCUCAACUACAGCUUCGACAUGGAUAUCAAGCCCAUCGACGACGUGACCCUGAACUUCAUGUUCGACGACUUGGAGCUGUACCUCGAGCUCAACACCGUCCUGGGCGCCGGCGCGACAUACGAGCUCAACCUCUUCACGUCCAACACACCUAUCGGCAUCGGCGUAGGAAAGGACCUCACGCUCGGCGUAGUCUUCAAGGUCGACCUGCUGCUCUCCGUGCAGGGCGAGAUCGACAUCAGCAGCGGACUGCACAUCAAGCUGGACAACGGUGUCGGCAUCGACAUCGCGCUGUUCAGCGACGCAGUAUCCAAUGUCGUCUUCAACGGCGGGCAGUUCGAGUUCCUCCCCGUCACCAUCGAAAAAGCAGGCGUUGUCCUCUCAGCCAUCCUGCGCAUCGGCAUCCACUCGGGCAUCGAAGUUGCUGCCCCAGGAACCCCCGACGUCACCAUCUUCAACACCACUUUCGGGACCCCGGCAGUCAAGGGCGGCAUCGAAGUCGGCGUCUACGCCAACCUCGCAGAGUUCACGACCAACGUGACCGUCGCGCCGGACGACGCAGACUGUGAGAUCCACGUCCUGCAGGAGUAUCAAAUUGCCCUCGGCGCGGUCGCGGGCGCGAGCAUCGUCUUCGACACGGACACCUGGGGUCCUGUCGCGGCGACCAGCAUUCCCAUCUGGACGACCGCGCUGGCUGAAGUCUGCGCUCACAAGCCCACCCGCCCGGCCACUAUCACGGCAUCUCCCACGGCCACCUCCAAGCCCGCUCAGAAGCGCGCUGACGAGAACGCGUCCGAGACCGUCACAACAAAAACCAAAAUCACACACACCGGCGUCCAGUGCCAGACCAGCGUCAUAGGGAACUGCCCCAACAGCCUCCAACAGACCACGCAAACCGUCGAAACCCGCACUUUAACCACAGUGGUGCCCUCGGGCGCAGACGUCACCUGGCCGCCGACGCCCGGGGUCGCGGACAAAGUGACCAAGACGCAGGACUUUGGCGACAAGGCGCUGGCGUUCAGCAGCACGAGCGGGAGCCCCGUGUCGUACACGGCCCCACCGUCCCCUACCGCGUCUGCGACGGAUGGCAAGGGCGACGACGGCGCGUCCAAAGCGAGCGCGAUCGUGAACGGGAAGACGGGCGGUGUGUCCAACAAAGUCAUCAUCGGGGCCUCGGUUGGUGGCGGGCUGCUCGUCAUCGCUGCCAUCGUCGGCGCCGUCAUCUUCCUGCGUCGCAGACGCGCCUACAAGGCCGUCCCUGCGCCCGACUUUGCGCCGCCUACCUUCGUCGCGGAGCCGUAUGCGCGGGUGGGGAGUCGUGCUGGGGAAACUAGGCGCGGCGAUGGCACCUUUUCGACCUCCUACGUCACUCAAUCCCUUCCAUCACUGCCUCCACGCAUCGGCUCGACAUACUUGCAGACAUAG